AAUAGUUCCUUCUGAUUUUUUGCAAUUUUGAAAAUGGAAUCGCCACCAAAUAAUGUUGUAACAGUGGUGCCGAUAGCACAAUCGGAAGGUACAUUUACAUAUGUUGCCGUUAAAGGCAGCCUUCAUGCAAGCGAUUCAGCUGUAUUUGGUUUGAAUGGCGACGAAGUGAAAGCCUUAUCGAAACGUUUUUCAAAUAGUACAACGGAAAUUGUGAAUGGAGUGAAUAUCAAAGGGCCUCCGAUGAGUGUUAUAAAUUCAUUAAGUUUGCUUGGUUAUAAGGUUGUUUGCAGCACAGGAGAAAUUGAAGUUGUUUGGACACUACAGCGCGAAGUUUAAUAUCACAUUUCUAUUCU